UUUUCGAAUCUUUCCAUGUGCCUGGAGUUGGAGUGGAACUCAUUGUUUGUUGCUUUUUAGCUUCUCGUCCACUUCGCUUUUUCACGAUCACCGACCUAUGGCUAUGAGUGUGUGAGUGAGUGAAUUGAUAAAGCAUGUGAUCGUAUAUCUGCUUUUUUUGCAGAUCAGUUUGUGUAGAUAUUUCAGGAACACGGAAAAUAUAUGUGGUUAUCAUUGUUAUUAUUACUAUUAGUAUUAUCAUUACCUGGUGCGCUCAUCUGCGUUUCUUCUUUCAUGUUUUGAGUUUGUAGCUUUCCUCGAGCUCUGUUCUGAAAUUUGGAUUGCGCAGGGAAGAACUUCAUAAUAUGUUUCUACUUUUGGGAUAAAAUAAUCAUCAGUUCAGAUACACAUAUAUACAUAUAUAUAUGAUCUCUGGUACUUGAGGCAUAUUAAGAAACCUUACCGUAGUGAACACCUGCAUCUCUGGAAAUUGAAGUUAGAUCAUCGCCUAAAGUUGCUGCACCGUAUUUUGAGAAGACGAAAGAAAGAAUAGCUACGCUGCUGAAUAAGGCUGAGGUAUCUGUUUCAACAUAUGACACAGCAUGGGUUGCUAUGGUCCCUUCUCCACAUUCAUCACUGGAACCUUGUUUCCCGGAUUCUCUCAAAUGGUUGCUGGAAAACCAGUGCCCAGAUGGUUCUUGGGCUCGCCCCCAUCAUCAUCAUUUGCUGCAAAAGGAUGUUCUUUCUUCUACUUUAGCAUGUGUUCUCGCACUAAAAAAAUGGGGGACUGGUGAAGAACAUAUUAACAGGGGUCUUCAUUAUCUAGAGUCCAAUUUUGCUUCAGCUAUGGAGAAGAACCAGUUUUCUCCGCUUGGAUUCGACAUUAUAUUCCCAACUAUGGUUGAAUAUGCCAGGGACAUGUUUUUGAAUCUCAACUUGGAGCCAACCACAUUGAAUGCUUUGAUCUAUAAAAGAAGUUUGCAGCUUGAGAGAUGCAAACAAAGUCGAUCAUUGGACAGGGAUGCAUACAUGGGAUACAUCUCAGAAGGAAUGGGAAAAUUACAGAACUGGGAAUCAAUCAUGAAAUAUCAACGAAAGAAUGGAUCUCUUUUCAACUCUCCCUCGGCAACAGCAGCUGCUUUUAUAGGACUUCCCAACGAUGGGUGCCUUCGUUACCUUCGGUCUGCAUUGAAAGAGUUUGGGAAUGCAGUUCCUGCAGUUUAUCCUCUAGAUAUAUAUUUGAAGCUGUGCGUAGUUGAUAAUCUUGACAAGCAGGGGAUCAGCUGCCAUUUUACAAAGGAUAUUCAAGGCGUGCUCGAUGAAACGUACAGAUUAUGGUUGCAGGGCAACGAGGAUAUAUUCCUGGAUGCUUCAACUUGUGCUUUAGCAUUUCGAUUACUGCGAAAGAAUGGAUACGAUAUAACUUCAGAUCGGAUAACAAAAAUCCUAAAAGAAUACCACUCAAGUGGAUACAUGAAAGACACAUACACAACUGUUGAACUAUAUAAAGCUUCAGAAUAUGUAAUGAAUCCAGAUGAAAGGGAUCUUGAUGAACAAUACUUCAUUCUGAAAGGUUUACUUGAGGUGGAACUUUCGAGCGGUUUCAUUUAUUCGAAUCAGCUUGGAAGAAAUAUUGACCUAGAGGUAAGCCAUGCUCUUAAGCAUCCCUUUUAUGCAACUUUAGACCGGAUGGAAAAACUGAGAAAUAUAGAGCAUUAUAACCCCAAUAGUACGAGAAUUGCGAAAACUUCAUUUUGUUCACCAUGUUUUGGAAACUCGGAUUUCCUCUCUCUGUCAACAGAAGACUUCAACAAAUGUCAAGCUAUACAACGCAAGGAGCUGAAAGAGCUUGAAAGAUGGGUAGUGGAGAACAGGUUAGAAGAGUUGAAGUUUGCAAGGCAAAAGGCUGCAUACUGUUAUUUUUCUGCAGCAGCAACUCUUCCAGACCCGAAAUUAUCGGAUGCCCGAAUGUCAUGGGCAAAAAAUGGUGUUCUGACAACAGUGGUAGACGAUUUUUUCGACGUUGGAGGUUCUCUUGACGAACUAAAACAGCUAAUUUGGUUGAUUGAAGAGAUAUGGGAUGCUGAUUCUAUCCCUGUACAGUUUGCUUCGUCCAAUGUCCAGAUAAUAUAUACUGCACUGAAGCACACAAUCUGUGAGAUUGGGGACAAAGGAUUCAUAAUACAAGGAUACAACGUGAAGAACCAUGUAGCAGAGAUUUGGCUUGAUCUUCUGAAAUCGAUGAUGAAAGAAACCGAAUGGACCAAAGACAAAACCAUCCCAUCAGUCGAGGAAUACAUGAGCAAUGCCUAUGUGUCGUUCGCUUUGGGGCCAAUUGUCCUUCCCGCUCUUUACCUUGUAGGACCUAAGCUCUCGGAGGAGAUGGUGCAGCAUUCUGAGUACCAUAAGCUAUUCAAACUGAUGAGCACCUGUGGUCGCCUUUUAAAUGACAUCCGGGGCUGCGAGAGAGAAAUGAACGAAGGAAAGCUAAAUGCAGUGCCAUUAUACGUGCGAAAUAGCGGCGGAAAGACAACCAAAGAGGAAGCUAUUUUCAAGGUGAAAUGCCUGAUUGACAGCAAUAGGAGAGAACUACUGAAACUAGUUUUGGAUGCGAAGAACAGUGUAAUACCAAAGCCUUGCAAGGACUUGUUUUGGCAUAUGUGCACGGUUGUGCAUCUGUUCUACAGUAAAGACGACGGAUUCACCUCUCCGGACUUGAUCAAGGAAGUUAAAGCAGUUCUUUUUAGUGAGCUUUCCUCUAAGGACAACCCUGUUUCUGUGGUAAGAUAAGCAAGCAAGCAUU